AUGUAUUGGGUACCAGGGGUUUCUAUCGCUGGUUGGGGUGUGAGUUACAUUCCUUCACAAAUCUGUGCACUAAAGAACUCAUCAGUGAUAAUGAACUGCACUUAUACAUACCCUACUGGAUAUAAGAUCAAGAAAGUGUUCUGGACCAAAACAACUGUUAGAAAUGCUGAUAAUGAGUUUCCAGAUCUGUCAAAGGAUCUUGAAUACAGUCAGAGGCUUCAGUAUCUGGGAGACAAACAGCAGAACUGCACCAUCAGACUGAGUCAUGUGUCACAGAAGGACCAACACAUGUACUAUUUCAGAUUCACAACUGAUAAACCUAAUGUGAAAUUGAUUGGUUAUCCAGGAGUGACUCUUACUGUCACAGAUCUUCAGGUGGAGGCUCCUGAGAGAGUGACGGAGGGUCAUAAUGUCAGUCUGACAUGUAAAAGCAGCUGCACUCUGACUGACAGAGCAACAUUCAUCUGGUACAGAAACUCACAGCCAUUAACUGAGAGAAGAGACAGAAACAAUCAACUCCUGCUGCAGUCAGUCAGAAGAGAGGAUGCAGGCAGAUACAGCUGUGCUCUACAUGGACACACUUACAUCUCUCCUGCUGCUCAGCUCAAUGUCUCCUACCCACCAACUAUCCUCUCAGUAUUCAUCAGUCCAUCUGGUGUAAUAGUGGAGGGAGAUUCAGUGACUCUGAGCUGUAGCAGUGAUGCAAACCCUCCUGCAAAAAUCAGCUGGUUUAAAGAAAAAAUGUUUGUAGGAUUUGGAAGAAUCUACAGCAUCUCAAACAUCAGCUCUGAUCACAGUGGAGAAUACAAGUGCAAGUCCAGAAAUAAACAUGGAGAGAAAUACUCCGCUGGUGUGACUCUAAACGUCAUGUACCCUCCCAGGAACGUCUCAGUGUCUAUGAAUGGAUCAGGUGUAAUAGUGGAGGGAGAUUCAGUGACUCUGAUCUGCAGCAGUGAGUCAAACCCUCCUGCUCUGAACUUCAGCUGGUUUAAGGAGAAUCAAAGCUCAUCUGUUGGAUCUGGACAGAGUUUCAGUGCACUACAGAGUGGACGCUUCUACUGUGAGGCUCACAAUCAACAUGGAUCUCAGAGAUCAGACGCUGUUACUGUCACUGUUAAAGUACUAAAUUGGAAGAUAUCUUAUACAGCCAUUGUAGUUACGCUUUGUGGAGUUGUGGUUGCUGUCAUCAUUGUACUGCUUACCUGCUGCAUGAACAGGAACACAUUGCAGUCAAAGUCUCUCACAAACACUUCUGAUGGCAUGAUAUCUGAUCCUAGUCUAUUCUCAUAUGUGUAUGAGAAUGUGGUGGCCGUUCAUCCUUGCAGUAAAACUCCUGAGCCUAAAAUGAACAUCCCUCUGUAUGAGAAUGUGAUAAUUUAUGAGAAUCUUAACAUUGUCUUGAUGCCCAAUUCCAAAUCCCAAUUUGUUGCCUAUAUCCGAUUGUUUUGGCUGUCCAUUUACAUGUUCUUUCAAUUGGGACCCAUAUCUGAUUCAUGUGUUUACACCUGCCAUACCACCUGAAACAUUGCUCAUGCGUUGUUAUCCUUUACCGCCUCCACAUGUGCUCCUCAUGAGAAUAAU